AUUCAGGCUGGAGAUCCAUUUGUUCCAUGAAGAAGGGGGUGGGGGUGGGGAAGGAGAAAACUGCUGCUCACCAACCUCGCUGGGGGCUUGGAGAGAGAGAGAGACUGACAGACUCGGGUACUUGGCACUGGGUCUUCCUUUCCUCCCCCCCCCCCUCUGGCAUGACACUUUUUGGCCGCAGAGAAGGCUGCUGGAGAUAUAUAAACAUGGCCCAAGAGCCUAAAUUGAGCCAUACCAGGCCUGGUCAGAAGAGGCAGCACACCGCAAGCCUGUAUCCGAACAACUGUGACCUGGAGUAUGAACUUUACAAAGAUGAUUUGCCAUACAGGAUCUAUGAAUAUCAGAAGAUCCCGUCUCUUAUUGGACACAUUCCUAUCAAAACCAGAAGAAGCCAUCUCGGGGCAGAAAGUAAAACCAGACUGAACCCACACACGGACUUAAGAAGCAACAGCAAUCCCACAACAGGACGUACAAAAUUACGAGCCGAAGAAUUGCACUCCAUCAAAGGGGAAUUAAGCCAGAUCAAAGCACAGGUGGACAACUUACUGGAAAGCCUCAAUCGGAUGGAUCAACAGCGGGAACACCCCACAG